AUGACUGGAACAUGGUUGACAGUGUGGGUUACUGUCGCUUGUGCUACGGAUAUGACGCUUUUUGGAUAUGACCAGGGAGUGUUUGGCGGCGUGGUUGUCACCCAGGAUUAUAUCAAACAACUCAACCUCGCCAACAACAACAGUCUGCUAUCAACCAUUACUGCCAUCUACGACGUCGGAUGCUUUUUUGGAGCCAUUGCCGCAGUCAUGAUCGGUGAACCACUUGGACGCAAAAACUCAAUCCUGGUGGGCACUACAAUCAUGUCCAUUGGAGCACUCCUCCAAUGUACAGCGUUCGGAGUUCCUCAAAUGAUCGUUGGUCGUGUCGUUGCAGGUAUUGGAAACGGCAUCAACACCUCGACAGCGCCAGUCUGGCAAGGUGAAACCUCGAAGGCAUCGUGGCGUGGGAAACUGGUCAUCAUCGAGAUGAUCAUGAACAUUGCUGGUUUCAGUCUCAGCAAUUGGGUCACUUAUGGCUUCUCGUAUAUUGAUGGAGGCGUCGCCUGGCGUGUACCCCUGGCUCUGCAGUUCCUCUUCAUUUUCAUUCUCUUUGGCACUGUACCGUGGUUGCCUGAAUCACCUCGCUGGCUCAUCAGCAAAGGUCGCGUCGAGGAGGCCAACCACAUUCUUGCAGCUCUUGAGUCGACUACCCACGACGAUCCAAACAUCAUUGCUGCAAGCAACGAAAUUCAGUAUGCUGUCGACUAUGAGCGCCAAAAUUCACCUUCUUGGGGCGAGCUCCUGAGAGGCAAGACUGGCAAGGAGGGUGGUACCUGUACGAUGCGUCGUCUCUUCUUGGGAAUGGGUGCUCAAGCAAUGCAACAACUCGGUGGAAUCAACGUCACUUCCUACUAUCUGCCCACGGUUUUGAUUCAAUCUGUCGGUCUUAGUGAGAAACUGGCCCGUCUCCUGGCAGCUUGCAAUUCCGUCUCAUACUUGCUGUUCUCAUUCAUUUCGAUCCCCAAUAUUGAGAAAUGGGGCCGUCGUAACAUGAUGCUGUACGCUUCGCUCGGCCAAGGAUGUUGCUACCUGCUGAUCACUAUCCUCUUGCGAUUCAAUGAGAUGGACGGCUACGCUCACAAAAACGAGGUUGCUUCCGCCUCAAUUGCCUUUUUCUUCCUCUACUACGUUUUCUUCGGUAUUGGCUGGCAAGGAGUGCCAUGGCUCUAUCCAACCGAGGUUAAUUCUCUGUCGAUGCGUACCAAGGGUGCUGCUCUGGGUACUGCAACUAACUGGAUCAUGAAUUUCAUGGUUGUUGAGAUCACUCCCAUCGGUAUCAACAGCAUCCACUGGAGAUUCUACAUCAUCUGGACAGUCUUGAACUUCAGUUUCAUUCCUAUUGUGUACGCACUAUAUCCUGAAACGGCGGAUAGAACUCUUGAGGAUAUGGAUAGGUUCUUCCGCGAGAACCACGAUCCUCUUGUGUUCCGCCACAAGGAUGCCAUCAGCACCAAGCGUCCUCUGGCUUACAUUGAGCACGAGCAAGAAGAGAUCAGACGUACUUCAUCUGUCCAUGCUGGCAUGGCAAUGGAGGCAGCUCGCAACAAGAGCAAUGCUACCGAGUACAACGAGAAGAGGGACGGCAGAAACCCCAUGCACAGUAGCGACGGAAGCCAUGACGAGUUCAAGGAGGAUGUCUAA